ACCUUAUCAUGUCCUACUCUUGAAGGCGGCGAACAAGCUCGGUGUCUCCUCUGCGCUCGAGCGGCGGCUGAUAGAAAUGCCAACGCGACUCCACUGAUUUCCCUCUUCAGCUUCCGUUAACUGCCGAUCUGGUUUUUCAACAUUGCUGGCGUGACAGCGGCUGUGGCGUCAUGGCGCCAGCAUGUUAUCUUACGGGAGUAUCAGUUACCUGCGCCAGUGCGCGCGUUCCCGCGGGCUGCUCGCAGUCCAGCAUCUCAAAGCCAGUCGAGGGGAUCCAGGUGGAGUUAUUUAAAACCGGAGAGACAUGGACGAGGAAUCUCAGGACAGCGAGUGUCCGGUGUGUUACGAGAGUCUUUCGGACAGCGCCAGGGCGCUCAGCUGCGGGCAUCACUUCUGUCAUGACUGCUUAGUGCGAACUCUGGUCAACACCAACCUGAACGGAUCCAUUAAACGGGAUACUAUCAUCUGCCCCGUCUGCAGACACCUGACAUUCAUCACAAAGCCCCACGGAUUCACACUCUCAACGGCUGAAGCCAAAAGGAUUGGAAAGACAUUGGAGGUACCAUCUAAACCCACUCCUGUACCUCCUGUUGGGACUGAUACCGGAGGUCUUGGCUGUAUCUGCAGGUGUCUAAGGAGAAUUUCAUGUAGAUUAUGUAGACGAAGACUCAUCUGUCCUAAAGAUGCUUCAGAAGUGUUCAUCAUCAGUGAGUUGGGUCGACCCAUGACAGAGGGUGAUGUUAUUGACAUUGGGACAACUUCAGCCAUGCAGCAGGACUACAGCAGCAAUGGACAGAGACUUUGCACCAUCUCCUGCUGCCUUCUGGUCCUAAUGAUCACUUUCACCUUACUGGCACUGGUGGCUGCCACACUUCCAUGGGUUUUGUUGGCUUAAAGUGUCCAGAACCGUCGCAUUAAGAGUAGUCUAUAACAUUAAUGAAACAAAUGUCUGCAUGUGUUACUGAAAACGAAAUGUGGUUUCACAAGUCAGAAAUUAAUGUUUGGUGAAGAACUGCCUGUUAUUGUGAGAUCUUCUCCAAGGCUUGUUCUGGCAUGUCUCGUGAAUGUCUUGAGGGGAGGAACCUUACAUAACAGUCAGAUAUAUAGUGUUACUUACUUUACAGAUAACAAGUUAUUUGUUCUGGAUCUGAAUGCAAAAAAACUGUUACAGUAGGAAGAUAGAGUUGACUGACGCGCUUCCCUCAUCGAGUUACUGUGACGAGACUGGGUCAUUUAAAAGUGAAGAAGAAAAGAUGAGCCGGUCGUCUGGUUGUCACUUGAUCUUGGAGAAACACAGUGGGAUUCAGUUACAACUACCAUGGACACAAGUUUGAGAAAGGAGGACGGGGAAGGGUGUGAUGAGGAUUUACAUUGAGCUUUCCUCUAUGGCCUGCGCUGACUGAAAGGAAUGAAACACACCCUCACUUGUCCAGAAAUUCUUGUCACACGGGCUAGCGAACUUCUUAAGCUAGUUCCAGCCCUGCAAUGACUAAUUCCUCACAUUCUGUGCAUGUUAACAGUCAUUACUUUAUUGGAGGGUGUUCCUGUGACGUACCUGCACAGCAAUGCUAUCUCAAUGCACUUCAGAAUCAUAUGUGCACGCUUGUAUUAGUUGACCCCAUUGACCGAUUUGUCUUCUCUUCUCGCAGAGAACAGUUACAAUGCUCAGAGGUUGCACUUUCACUGCUCGAGUGAUCUUAAUGGAUUUCUCAGUUUGGAAUAUCAGAUGUUUUUUCUUAAAAGUCUUUCGUGAAAUGCACAGCGAGAUGAACUGUAAAGGAGCCGUCACAUUGACCACUGUUGUGACUUUUCAAAGUUGAAAUCAAGUCAUUUCAAUGGACCCUUUUCACAGGCUGAAGAUGCGUUUCCAUAGUUAUUAACAGCAUGCAUCUAAUUUUUAUUUGUUUAUAUUUUAAUUAAAAAGAACACUGUAUUUUGUGUUAAACUACCUUGCCAUUAAAUUACUGAAAACUAGUUAACGUCGAUGCCUGAGUGUUUCUAAUACAACAACUGAGCGAUCAAAAACUUGAUCACUCUCUCAUCUGCAUAAUCAAUCUCUAUAGUUUUCCUUUUUUGGAAACCACUACUGAAGUUUACCCAACUAUGAUGACUUCCUCUUCUGAGAACCUGAGAAAUGUGAAAAGGGUCCAUAUGAAUCCAUAUGACUGGUAAUUUUGUGUGAGGAUAAAAGUUUCCCUAUGCAAAAGUAUUCCUUAUUGGCAGCACUGACCACCAGAAAGCUGCUUGGUUUAUAAGUGACUUCUGUGUGAGCUUUUUGUCUGCAAAAUUUCAACGGAAUGACGCUCAUGUGACCACACCUUACGAGUAAAAAGUUAUAAAAGGAAUAUGAAUUGCAUAGCCAAGAUCGAGAGAAAAAAACCCCUAAUAAUUCUGAGUUCAUAAUAAAAUAUCUGACUUUUACGUAUACAGUAGACUUUUGCUGACAUACAAUAUAAAUCUAUCAAAUUUCUCUGGAUUAUCGGCCUUUAAUCAACAUCAUUUUUAAGUCAUUUGAGUUUAUACAGCUUUUUUUCUAAAAACAUAACUGAUGAUCAAUAUCCUAUCUUCCCUUACAUGAUUUCAGGAUGUAGACAGUAGUUCAAGGUGAACAACACACAAGAAAACCAAAGCACUUAGACCAGAAGUAUUACAAAUGUAGAGUUUAAUAUAUAUCUAUGUAUUUCUGACAUUCUGAGAAGGACUGCGGCAGGCUUCACCGUACAGACUGUUCUUUGACUCAUAUGCUAAGCUGAGGAGGGUGAUUUACAGGCAGAUCUGUACAGUAGUUCAGUGAGCGGGGGUGAAGAGGGCUGUACAUCAUUGGACAAUGUGCACUGAUCAACUUGUCACCUCUGUUUUCACACAUCCCUGGUUCAUAGCUGACUCCCUUAUCUGGUAAUGUUUUAAUGAACACACAUGUGAUUAUCUAAAGGGAAUAAAUAAUUAAAUGCAUGCUCUGUCACUCCAACUUGCUGGCUUUCACAGGAUGAUGUAAACAGGGAGACCUAAAUGAAUAAAAGUGUAUUGAGAAAAA